AUGUCUGAUAAUAAAAUAAGUUCAUAUUCAUCAAUAAAUGAAUUAAGUCGUAUAUCAUCAUUAAUAUCAUUCAGUAUACUUCGAAAUCCAAUAUAUGGAUUAAAUCAAUUUGAAAAUGAAACAGCUAAACAAAUGAUUAUAGCUCGUUUACCUAAUUUAACAUAUUUAAAUCGAGUUUUAAUUAGUCAUGAUGAAAGACGUGGAGCUGAAAUUGAUUAUUUACAACGUUAUGCUCAAGAUUAUUUUGAUAAUAAAUUAGAUUUUAUUAAUGAACAUAGACAAUAUCAAAGAUUAAUUAAUAAAUAUGGUGAACCUUUAAAACCAAAUAAAAAUCAGGAAUCAAAAAAAGGUCUUUGUAUUCGUCGAGAUUUAUUAAAAGUUAUAUUUGAAUUUGGUGAUGAAAAUGAAAUAAAAAUUGAAAAAAAAAUUCCAUCAUCAAUGACAAUAGCAAAAUUAAAAACAUUUGUUCGAAAAUUAUUUCCAUCACAAUUAACAAAUGAUAUUCAAUUUAAUUUAUUUGUUGUUAUUGAUAAAAAACAUAAAGAACUUAUGUCAAAUGAUUAUCAAGAUCUUCAAUUCUAUUUAGGAAAUUCUUUUCUUAAUGACAAUAUCGAUCGACCUUCCAUUAUCAGAAUUGAAACUAUUUAA